AUGCGGGAUCUGGAGGACCUCCUCUCCAAGCUCAACCCCAUGGCCGAGGAGUUCGUCCCGCCCUCCCUCGCCUCCCCCGUCGCCAUCCCCGCCGGCGCCGGGCCCGGGCCGGGGCCCCUCACGCCCGCGCCGCUCUCACCCGCCGCCUACGGCUUCUACCCGGCCAACGCUGGCUUCGCGGUCGCCUCGCCGGCGGGCCACCGUGGCGUCGUCGGCUUCCCGGCCGUCGCCGACGCCGCUCACGCCGGACGCGGCAGGAAGAAGGGCGGAGCCGGUGGAGGUUUCGGCGGCCACGCCCACCCCGGCAGGCGGCGGACCAACAGCCGCACCAGCAUGGCGCAGCGCGAUGAGGUCAUCCGCCGCACCGUAUACGUCUCCGACAUCGAUCAUCAGGUUACUGAAGAAAACCUGGCAGCACUAUUUAUAAAUUGCGGACAGGUUGUGGACUGUCGCAUGUGUGGGGACCCAAAUUCAGUCCUUCGGUUUGCUUUCAUAGAGUUCACUGAUGAGGAGGGUGCAAGGGCUGCUCUGAAUCUGUCAGGAACUGUACUUGGAUAUUAUCCUGUCAGGGUUCUGCCAUCUAAAACUGCCAUUGCACCAGUCAACCCAACAUUCCUACCCAGGUCUGAUGACGAACGUGAAAUGUGUGCAAGGACUAUUUACUGCACAAACAUUGACAGGAAGGUCACUCAGGCAGAUCUGAAAUUAUUCUUUGAGUCUAUAUGUGGAGAGGUCUUUCGACUGAGGUUGCUUGGUGACUACCAUCAUUCUACUCGCAUCGCUUUUGUGGAAUUUGUGAUGGCUGAAAGUGCUACUGCUGCGCUCAACUGCAGUGGUGUGAUACUGGGAUCCUUGCCAAUAAGUGAUAUAGAGGAGCUGGGAGGUGAGCCCGUCGAAGACUCCCGUGCGUCCCCGCUCGCCUCGCCAGCUGAUGCACUAGAUAUCGUAGGUACAGGAGGUGCUGAUGGCAUUGCUUAUAUAUAA